GCUCUAGCCAUGGAUCGUCAGCUUGUUCUAAUUUUAAAAUCCCAGCAGGAUCAACAGUAGUUGUGGCAUUAAUCUCCAACUGCAUCUUUCUUUCCAUCUUUGAUCAAUUUUUUCUCCCUACCUGGCAGAAAUUGGCUCGUAGGUCUCUGACACCUCUCCAGCGAAUUGGAAUCGGUCAUGUUUUAAAUGUCCUAAGCAUAGCCAUAGCGGCCUUGGUGGAGUCAAGAAGGUUGAAAAUAGCCAAUGCCAAGCACAUUCAGGCACAGCCUGGUGCCCUAGUCCCUAUGCCUGUUCUCUGGUUGUUUCCACAACUUGUUGUUAGCGGCCUUGCAGAUGUUUUCUAUUUCCCAGGACAAGUCACAUUGUACUAUCAAGAAUUUCCAGUUUCUCUCUGAAGCACAGCCACUGCCAUGAUAUCUUUGAUAGUAGCGAUUGCUUACCAUGUGAGCACUGCUUUGGUGGACCUGAUCAAGAAUGUCACAGGUUGGUUACCUGAUAAUAUAAACGAGGGGAGGCUGGAUAAGGUAUACUGGACUCUAUGUGUGAUCGGUUCGUUGAACUUUGGCUACUAUUUGGUGUGCUCUUGGUUGUACAGAUACAUAAAUAUUGAGGAGGAAAUGGCUCGAUCUGUAAACGAGGACAAUGAAGAAACAAGGCAAGAAGGUUGAACCAUAUUUUUUGGCCUUCAAGAAGGUUGAACCUUGAGAAGAAAAAUGAAUGAAGAGAGAAAACGAAAAGAAGCUAGAAUAAAUUUGUCUGUAUCUUAGUGCUCAUCUAGUAAAUCCACUUUAGUUACAGCUCAAGAAUCGCUUAGGUUUGUUUAUGAAAUGCCUCAUGAUUCAUGAAUCAAAGAAUAGUUAUUAAACCAUCUCCAUUCAGCCUGGUUCGUGCAUGAUUGCAAAACCUCUCAAAAUAGAUCAGCGCCCUUUUGUUAUUGGAUCAAGCCAUCAUUAGCAGGGAAGCUUUGUAUAUUAGUUUUACUUUAAUCAAAUCUUAUAAUCAUA